CACUCCCAGUAAACCAGAUGAUAUUAAUGUUCUUCUUUUCUUUCCUCCUUCAAGGCGUAGGGUAUUAGUGAGAGCUAUUUACAAGCUCCGCAAUGGCUAGUCAUGGUGUUCCGCGCCAGAGCUCAAGGCCGGUUGAGAACAUAGAACAGAAACGCCAGCAGAUCCAAGAGUACCGUGACCUAGACCAUUCAGUUCGCAAAAAGAUUGUAGAACGCUGUUACACACCGGAAACAUUACAAGAGAUAUCCGAACUUUUGAAGAGGAAUCCCGAGUAUUAUUCUGUAUGGAAUUAUCGGCGAGUCAUCCGCCAAGCAGAGUUCUCCCAGGAUACAGCCUCGGACCAGUCGGUUGCGGCUAUCAUCAAGUCUGACCUCGAGUUUCUCUUUCCACUUUUACGAUCCUUUCCAAAGUGCUAUUGGAUUUGGAACUAUCGACUAUGGAUAUUGGAUGAAGCCAAGCGCCUUCUACCCAAAUCUGUCGCGUAUGAGUUCUGGCAGAAAGAGCUCGCGCUCGUUGGUAAAAUGCUUAGUAUGGAUAGUCGAAACUUUCACGGUUGGGGCUAUAGGCGCUUUGUGGUUGCAGCACUGGAAGAUUUCACUGCCCAUGACAGUAAUGCGGAAACUAUGACACAGAGUGAAGUCGACUAUACGAAAAAGAUGAUUGGGGCCAAUCUUUCGAAUUUUUCGGCAUGGCACAAUCGAACGAAGGUAAUAUACAAGCUCCUUGACGAGCAGAAGGCUUCGGAUCAGGAGCGGAAGAAAGUUUUAGACGAAGAAUUAAACUUUGCACACAAAGCUCUUAUCGAUCCCUAUGAUCAAUCAUUAUGGUUCUAUCAUCAGAGCUUGAUGUGCGUGUUUGACCCCUCACUGGCCGCGCGUACCAUGGCACCGAACCUGACGAGCGCCGAGCGUCUGGAAUACGUUCAGGCGGAGAAAGAGGAGAUAAAGGACAUGCUUGAGGAGUGCACGGACUGUAAAUGGAUCUACCAAGCUUUGAUCCAAUGCAAUUUGAUUGCAGCCAAGAUUGAAGGCGCCUUUUCUGAGGUGGAUCGGGCUGAGGUCAUAGGAUGGCUUGGAGUUUUGGUGCAGCUCGAUCCACUGAGAAAAGGACAUUGGGCGGACAUUGAAAAGACGCUCAGGGAAUAAUAUUAAAAUAUGAUUAAACAGGAGAAGUCUAUUAAUACCCAUGGUAUUGGCCUCCAGAUACAUGGUCAACAAUCUAUCUAUGGUCAACACCGUCGAAUAUUAACUGCUCACACGACAGCGCAAUGCCAAGCAGCUCCAAAUAGGGGUGCAUAGUGCAUACUUUGAACAAGCCCCUGGAUCUCAACGGCGUCAGCAGCCAGCUCCACCGCGGCGCAAUGCACACAAACAUUAUUGACGCCAGCCAUGCGGCUGCAUGCAGUGUGUUAGCUAUUCCUAGCAUAUAAACGAUAAUAAGGAUGGCAUAUAUUAUUUUGUA